CUCCAAAUGCUGAACUCCUCCUCCUCCUCCUCCUCAUCUCACGGGACGCAUCUGCAGGCUGCAGGAGCAGAGCGAUAUGAGUUUACACGGAUACAUUCAAACUUAAGCUUUCUCUUCUCUGCUCAUUGAACAUCCUUCAAAUAGAGAUGAAGGAUAUUUAGUUUAAAGACCAGUGGCAACCCCGGCUCAUUUCAAACAAUCGCUUUGUCACAUUAAAAUCGCCUUUAAUUGAGUUCAUAAUGGGAUUACGCAUAUUUGGCACGCCACUUUACGCAUAUGCGUGCGUCUAUUGUUUUGUUUUCAUCCUGCAAGAUGCUCAGUCUCAGGAGGAUCUGGGGGCACAACAGGGAGAUAACCAAAGAGCGGGUCUGCGGCAGACGCUACAGUGGUCGCACAACGGCAAGAUUUUUAGCAUUUUAAGCCAGGGCUCGGAGUAUCAGCCGCCGAGGCGAAGGGGCGCACCGCAGGAACAAGUGCAAGCGCGACCUGUCACCAUCAUUCGUGAUGCGGGCGUAGGACAUACGGACACCUCCAGCCAGCCGGUGGCCCAGCAGCAGCAGCAGCCUCCCCGGCCGGCGUCCAACCCGCACAGCCCCGGUGGCCUCCCGCCUCCACUCCAAAGGCUCCUGAGAGGACAAGAUCACCGCCAGCAUCACCGUGACCGCCCCGGUGAGCGCAAUGGGACGCAGAGGAGCAGCGGAGCCAAUGAGACCCAGGAAAAGGUCACUGUCAGUCCGCCCCUGCCCAGGAGAGAAGACAUGAUGGUCGGCGAUGAUCCCUACGACCCCUACAAGUCCACUGAUAGUGAUAAUCCGUAUUACAAUUAUUAUGAUGUUUACGAGAGACCGAGGCCAAGAGCGAGACCCGGAUAUGGCACCAGGAAUCAUCAGUACGGUCUGCCUGAUCUCGUACCUGACCCAUACUCCAUUCAAGCCUCUGCUUAUGCCCAGAGAGUCCCAAUGUACAACCUGAGAUGUGCAGCUGAGGAAAACUGCUUGUCAAGCUCAGCCUAUAGAUCCACUAUUAGAGACUAUGACACCCGUAUGCUGCUGAGGUUUCCUCAGAGAGUCAAGAACCAGGGGACGGCAGACUUCCUACCCAGCAGGCCACGUUACUCCUGGGAGUGGCACAGCUGUCACCAGCACUUCCACAGCAUGGACGAGUUCAGCCACUACGACCUGCUGGAUGCCACCACUCAACACUCGGUGGCUGAGGGCCACAAGGCCAGCUUCUGCCUGGAGGACACUUCCUGUGACUACGGCUACUACCGGCGAUUUGCCUGCACUGCACAUACCCAGGGCCUGAGUCCAGGAUGUUAUGAUACCUACAACGCAGACAUCGACUGCCAGUGGAUUGACAUCACAGAUGUGAAACCUGGAAACUAUAUCCUCAAGGUCAGUGUAAAUCCGUACUAUCAGGUCCCAGAAAGUGACUACAGCAACAACAUUGUGCGCUGUGACGUUCGCUACACUGGCAACUACGCCUACCUGUCAGGUUGUCACAUGUCGACGUAUUAAGAGUUGACAGUCGUUCACAGCGCGCUCUGUAAAGGACAAUCAAGAGGACUGCAUAUUAAAGCAUAUAAAACACCUGGAAAUAAAAUUUAAAUUGUAAGUAAUGUUGUUUACGAUUUAAAAUAGUCCCAAUUUAGGAAAAUAAAAAGUAAUCUGACGUCAUAGUGUCAGAUAAUGUUGAAUUCUUCUUUGUUUGUGUGGGAAAGCAGUUUUUUUUCUCCUUACAAAUAAGUAUAUUCUUAUCUCAUCUUUUCUGUAUGGUAUAUUUCUUUUGCAUUGUACUGUAUGCUUGCGUUUCAUACCACUUGUAAGAUAGUGACAGAAUGAAAUCCAUGAAUUAGAAGCUUAGAAUAGUAAAAUACAAAUGUAAACCAGCUUGCCCUCAUUGUUAAGUCAUUAUCAAUUAUAUCACAAGUUUAAAAUGAACCAGCUGUUUAAAGGAAAAUGUAUUUGUUAUAUUUAUAAGCAACGGAAGGCUUCAAAGCUUUUGGUGAAACUUAGAUGAAUAAAACGUUGAGAAGUGACCUCA